UUGAAUUCAUAUAUUAUUAACAAAUAAAUGGCUUUUAAUAAAGAUUUGAAUGAAAACAGUGUUUUGUAUCGAUUGUAUCCAUUGUUAAGUGAAAUCAAUGGAUCACUUAAUGAUUAUAUUUGCAAAUGUUAUACAUAUUUAGCAAAAUAUAUAUCGACUCACAUCUGGCAGAACCAGUCGUUUCAGUUGUCGAUUAUCACCGAUUCAAUCGAUGGUGAUAAUCACUUGCAGGGAAUCACAAAUUUUGGUGACAAUAUAGACGACGAAUGGCUGAUUGUAUAUCUGUUGUAUCGUUUGUCGCGAUUGGAUCCAAAUUUGGUGAUCAAAGUUGAGGACAGUGACGGCGAGUUUUUGUUGAUAGAAGCGGCCAAUGAUUUGCCGAAAUGGUGCGAACCAUCCAAUUGUCUCAACAGAGUCUUUAUUUAUCGACAAUCAGUUCAUAUAAUUCCCAUUAAUUGCAAAUCAUUUGCGAACAGAAUUCCGUCGAUUAAAGACUCGAUUGAAUAUAUUCGUCGAAAUCCCGACAAAACUCGAGCUCAAGAAGCAAUUCAAAGGAAUAUUUUGCGAAGAAUUGAAUGCUUUCCCAAACGUAUUAAAGAAUAUCAACAUAAAAGUCAUUGUUUUGUUCCCAUAGGAGUGGCAGCUCUUCUUAAACAUAAUCCGGGUCUUAUAUCAUGGGCUGUCAAUGCCUUUUAUAACCGAACUCCCGAUGAUCACAAAGUAUGUCAGGCCAUGAAAUACUUUCCACCCGAAAAUCGUGUUAUGUGUUGCGUAACAUUUACGCGAUGUCUUUACGGCCAACUUAUGUCUCAAUCUUAUACACCGGAUGUAAGAGUCGGUUGGAAUUUACCUCAGAAUAAUUCAAGAGAUUUUAAAUCUCAUGAUUUGGGAGUGAAAAUUGCUUCCGGUUUUGAAAUAUUGAUUUCAAGUUCAAAAUUUUCAUUUGAUGGAAAUGAUGAUCAAUUAGACUUUAAGACAGAUAGUCGAUGGCUUGCAUUUAAUAAAAGUUUAGUUAAAAAUGGAUAUUUUGGUAAUGAGCGAAACGGAUCCAAGAACUACAAUGAACUGUUGAAAAGAUCGCAAAUCUAUUUUCAAGAAUUUAUUUACAAUAAUCAAAAUAUCGAUGAAUUAGAUUGUUUUGAAACAAAAGGAGAAAAAAUUUACAAACUUUUGCAAACCUUAGAAAUAGAUGAAAAAAUUUUUGGAAAAGAGUCACAAAAUCUUGAAAAAGAAGACAGCGAUGAAUGGCUUAAUAUAGAUUGCGAUGAAUUGGAUGCUCUUUUGGCAGAAAAAUUUUGCUCAACCAAUAAGUCAAACAAUUGCUCAGAGAUUUCAACACAAAUUCCUUCAACACUUCAGGCAUUUGUCUCAAAUCAGAAGUCGGGUCUCAAAGGAGCUGAAGCGCCAAAAUCAUUGAAAACGUCUAAAAUAGACUUCAAUGAAGACACGUUUAAUGACGCUUUAAGUACUGUUUUGUCAUUAAAAAUACCACAAUUGGAGACCGACUCGUCUUCAGGAAUGAGUGAUUAUAGUGAAGGAGAAGAUUCUAUUGAUAGCGAAGACGAUUGCUAUGAAAACGACUUUUCAAAGCCUGAGCUCAAUGGAGCUAAAGAAAAGUUAAAAGAAAUGAAAGACUAUAUGAAAGCUAUGGAUCAACAAUUGGCGGGAACUUCUGUUGGACGAAGUUUUGAACGAAGAAGUAAUGACCAAAACAGUGAUGAAUAUAAAAGAGUUGACAUCGAUUUGAAUGCUUUGACUAAUAUAUUAGAGUCGUAUAGCGCUGAGUGUGGUGUUCCCGGACCCGCCACUGCUCUGUUCUCAACAAUGGGCGUCAGAUUACCUGAUAAUAAAGACACGGAUCAAUUGUGAUGACAAAUCUAUGCCUUAAUUUUUUUUAUUAUCGUUAUUAUUAAUUUUUAUGACACAAUUGCCAUAUUUUUCUAUU